GAAAACGACCAACGAGAACGUUCCUGUUCAGGUCACAUGACCUGGAAACAUGGCUGCUUCAGAAAGCUGAGAAAGCUAUCAGGCAAUAACAAUUAAAUUACUUUGAACAGCAUAAGUACUUAUCUAUAGGAAGGCGUCGGUUUACCUUUACGAAAUAAAGCUGGAGCCACAGAAUACGGAGUCUUCGCCAGAUACUGUCAGAUCCCCGUGUCUGGUAAAACGGCUGAAGGAAAUCUGGGAGCCUCGUGGGUAUGAAGUAGCUUUACCGUGUUUGCUGAAGUUCCUCUUUGCUGCUGGAGACCAUGAAACUGCGUGUCCAGCUGCAAUGCAAGAACCUGCAUGAAUAUCUGAAGGAGCUGAGUCCGGAGAUUUUGGACAGACUCUACAACCACCCAGCGACAUGCCUGGCUGUGUACAGGGAACUCCCCUCUCUGGCAAAGAAUUAUGUGAUGCGCAUGCUGUUCCUGGAUCAGCCUCUCCCCCAGGCAGCUGUGGCAUUGUGGGUAAAGAAAGACAGUCAGAAGGACCACGAUGAAUGUAUCUCAGUGUUGGCAGGUCUCCGCCUCUGGCACAGUCAGCAGCUGCAGGGUGGUCUGCAGGGAUACAUUUUAAAUCCGGUGUUUAAAGACAACCUGAAGACAGCUUUGCUCGGGGGGGGGCGAGCUUGGGCUGAUGAGGGGAGCACGCUCGGCCCUGACCGCCAUGCACGAGACAUUGAGAGUCUUGACCGCUACGCUAUGGAGCGCUGGGAGAUCAUCCUGCAGUUUAUGGUAGGUUCUCCCAGCGCUGUCAGCCAGGACCUGGCACAGCUUUUGGUUCAAGCAGGCCUCAUGAAAAGUGAAGCAGGAGAGGCGCCCUACAUCACCUCAGCUGGCUUCCAGUUCCUCCUUCUGGACACAGCCUCUCAGCUAUGGUACUUCACCUUGCAGUACCUCAAAACUGCUCAGUCCAGAGGGAUGGACCUGGUGGAGAUCUUGUCAUUCUUAUUCCAGCUCAGUUUCUCUAGUCUGGGCAGAGAUUACUCGGUGGAGGGUAUGAGCGAGUCAUUACUUACUUUUCUGCAGCACCUGCGAGAGUUUGGACUGGUGUUCCAAAGAAAGAGGAAGUCCAGGAGAUAUUAUCCCACCAGGCUGGCAAUCACUCUGGCUGCAGGAGUCACCAGCAGCUCCUCCGUCUCCAACCUGUCUUCCAGUCCUGGCACUGGAGAUGCAGGUUUCAUUGUGGUGGAAACCAAUUAUCGUAUCUAUGCCUACACAAAUUCAGAACUUCAGAUUGCUCUGGUGGCUCUCUUCAGUGAAAUGCUCUACCGCUUCCCCAAUGUAGUUGUUGCUCAGCUGACAAGGGAGUCUGUGCAACAGGCUAUCGCCAACGGGAUCACUGCACAGCAGAUUAUCCAUUUUCUGAGGACCAGAGCUCACCCUGUCAUGCUCACUCAGACCCCAGUACUGCCUCCAACUAUAACAGACCAGAUCAGACUGUGGGAGCUGGAGAGAGAUCGCCUGCAGUUCACAGAGGGUGUGCUCUAUAACCAGUUCCUCUCCCAGGCUGACUUUGAGGUUCUGCGAGACAGAGCUCAGGGCCUGGGCUGUCUGGUGUGGCAGGAUGUGGCCCACAGAGUGAUGGUGGUGACACCACAGGGACACAGCGAGGUCAAGAGGUUCUGGAAACGACAGCGAUCUCACACGUAAACGGAGGAGGAGAAAUGAGGCUUUUCUUGCUUUCCACUACCAUCACCGUUGUCAGUACGAUAGGAAAGUGAAGAUGACUUUGUAUUUUUUAUAACAUGCUAGCAUCUGAGUAUUAAACUGAACAGUUUCUGCUCAUGGUUUCCUUUUUGAGUAGCUGCGUGUAUCCUAUACUCAGAAUCAGGUUUUGAUUACUGAGUUCUUGAAGACACCCUUUGGACUCUAAAUACUACAAAGUACUGUGGAACAUCCACUGUAAGAAGGAUUGUGGCCUUUUAUAUUUUUGGGUUCAGAAUAAAAGUUGUUGAAUUAUAUUUUCACAAUAAUGUUUUGAAUUAACUUCACAUAAUACCUGCUUGAAACAACAGACACUUAUCUUUAUGUUGAUAUUGCCACUAGAGCAGCUUUUUUUGUGACUGUGGAAGUCUAACCGGGACAGUAUGGUGUCUUUUAAGUAAUUGCUGUUUGAAGUACUCAUCCAUAUUCAGUAAAAUAUAGUGGAUGACAGUAGAGGUAGCUCCCAGUUUGAAGUAUCAGAUAGGAUUAACUAGAAUUUCGCUAGACCAGGCCAUGGACCAGUUGGAAAGUUGAUGGAUUGAGCCCUGAUGCCUCCAACUCGCCUCGCUGGGGAGGAUAGCAACUCCUGAGUUUCCUUCAAUGUGUUCACCAUAGUGCCAGUGAGUGAGUGUGCUUGAAUGAAAAUGUUAGAGGAGCCUAGGCAUAGAUAAAAACACUGUGUAGAUAUAUAUAUGUGUAUGAGUAAAUGAAACUCAUGAGAAGUGAAAAUGCACUCCUCAUGAGCAAGAAUAUCAUGGAAACGUUUGGCUUUUAAUAGUUUCUUUUGCGGUGUGGGAAUGAUUGUACAGCACACAUCUUCAGUGACUCAAAAACAAGAAUGAGGUGCACAAGUUUGAAUUUUCUCUCAUCCACACAGUCAAAAGUAUACAUACAGGCACCUCUGGAUAUUGGACAACCCGUCUUGGCAGAAUUGGUUGAGUUCUUUAAAUUAGUUGGUUUCCUCUCUACUUUAAAACUUAGCCCACAAAUUUUCUAUGGGGUCAAAGUCUGGGGGUUUGGGAAGGGCAAUCCAGAAGCUUAAUGUUAACCUCCUGUAUACGCUCCAAAACGGGUUUGGGAUUGAAAGCAUCACCUUUGCUUCUUCCAAACAUACCUCGUCAUUGUGGCCAAUUAGCUCAAUCUUUUUCUUGUCUGUCCGUAAACUUUUCUCCAGAAGGCAUUUAGCUUGUCCGUGUGGCCAUCUGUAAAUUUCAGUUUGAAGGUGUGUUCUUGAUUGGUAGCCUCUCAGUCCAUGUUGAUGCAAAACUGACUUCACUAUAGAAAGUGAUGCUGAUGUUCAGCAGUUUCCAGUUCAUGGCAGGAUUGAGCCUUAGUGGUUCCUGAGUUGCUCUUGAGCAUCCAAACUAUUUCCUUCUCAUCUGAGGAUGACAAUUUAGGUCUUCUUCUUGAGCUUGGCAAAGUGGUGACAUACCAGAAUAAGUUGUUCUUGUGUACAGUUGCUUGAACUGAUAAUCUCAGAAUCUGCAGUUGAUUAGAAAUGGUUCCAAGAGACCUUCCCAACUUCUCUGCAGUUCUCCUUCAGGGAACACUGGGAAAGUUCAAGGAACUCGGUGAAGAUCAGAGUAUUGCUCAAUCUAAUGAGUGCUUUUAAACAUAUCAUUUUAUGAAACUACCAGUUUUAGUCAAUCAUGAUCACUAACGAGAAGUUAAUAGGCCUCGGCUUGUCAAUUUAAAUUACAUUGCAAAACCACAUAUUAAAAUAUUUAAGUGAGUGUACUGUAUCCAAAUAUUGGCUAUGUAUACUCUAGAGUCAAUGUGGAUUAGAGGAAAUAAAUAAUAACUUAAAGUUUC